GCACAUCUCCCAGAUCUCAUCUACAGAAGGAGAUCUCUUGAAUUUAUAGUAGAAAUGAUGGAUCCUCUAUCAUUGAGUGUCAAUCUAUCACCUGUCGUUCUCAGAACUCUCGUACGACAUCUCAUCAAGAAGCGCAACAAAGAGGAUAAGCGUGAAGUGGAUGAUCCAAAUGAUGAGUAUGCAUUUGACCAGACAUUUAAGCUAACGAGAGCUUUCCUCGAUAUUGCAAUGAAUCACCCCGUCGAAGAUCUUCAGAAUCUGGGAUCCACAUAUGUUCCACCACCAUUUUGGGUGCACAAUGUACCUGUAACAGUCCCGAUGAGCAUUUGCAAUGAUGCGGCCGAGCACCUUAUCAAAGCAUUUGGUGGUGAGGAGCCUAUGCGUGCCGCUGUCGGCGGCACACGCUGGUGGCAAGUCCGACCAACUGCCGGACUACCAGCCGAGUGGAUAUGUAUGAAAAGUGAUAGGAAGCUGGCUACUAGGCAUAACAAACUAAAAGUACGCGAGCAGCCAAAGGAUCCACUCACCCCACAAUUUUUUCAAGACAUCGAGGGUCUACCCCGCACAAUUCUCUAUGUUCAUGGUGGUGCAUACUACUGGGGAUCUAUAAACACCCACAGAUAUUUAAUCUGGCGUAUGGCACGCAAAAUGCGCGGAAAAGCAUUCGCGGUCAGCUAUAGAUUAUCACCACAAUAUGGAUUCCCUUGUGCGCUGCAUGAUGUUUUAAGCGCGUACCUAUAUCUCCUUUAUCCACCCGAAGGUGCACCACAUAAGGCUGUCGAUCCAGCAAACUUGAUUUUCGCAGGUGACAGUGCUGGUGGUGGACUCCUACUUUCAUUAUUACUCAUUAUACGUGACUUAGGGCUACCACUUCCUGCUGGUUCAAUCCAUAUCUCCCCAUGGUGUGACCUCUCGCACAGUUUCCCAUCAGUGCUUCAAAACUACGAGACGGAUGUAAUACCUAAGUAUGGAUUCGUGCACAAACCUUCAACACUAUGGCCACCACCAAGCGAAGAUCUCUUACAAAGAACACGCGAGCACAUUAAAUCAUCGACGCUGAGAUCCACUUCCCCUCUAAAGGGUCUCGGUACAGCAGCGUCCCACAAAGCUGAGAAAGGGCGGAGGAAAGAAGAAACAAAUGCUGCAAUCAACGCUGAGCAUGGUCGUGAGAGAAUGGAUAUUCCUCGAGAAGUGCCUACAGUCGACAUAAAUGGCAAAACAGUGGAACUCAAAGGACAAAUACAGAUGUAUGCAACAAACGAGCAAGUUGGUCAUCCUUACGUGUCGCCAGUAUUAGCCCAUCUGGGCGGUCUUUGUCCAUUGUUCAUCAUGGCUAGCGACGGCGAGCUCCUUCGGGAUGAAGCAAUAUAUGUCGCCCACAAAGCUGCCCGUCCUGACGAAUUCGAGUAUAAAGAGGACGCUAAACGUCGGUUACCAAGUAUGAACGGAAUAGAAGGUCGAUACGGUCCAACGAAAGUACAUUUACAGGCAUAUGACAAAAUGUGUCACGAUCUCCCGCUUUUCAGCAUGGUCACGCCAGCAAAAUACGCAUAUAGAGCUAUGGCGGCGUUCUGCUUCCACGUAACGAAAGAUAAGGCUGCACAGCCAUCACCUGCAAUCAAACCAGCACACAAUGGUAUGACAAUGUCAGACUUUGAGUUAGACAAUCCGCUGGAAAUGCCACCGACGCCAUCAUCAGGAUUAGCAUCACCAACAAAGCUGCCAGAAGCUAAGUCACCGCGGAGAAAGUUCUCCUUGUUAGGAUUAAGAAAUGAGGGUGCAGGGUCAAGUGAUAUGAGCAGUCCAGUCACUUCAAAUGGCUCUCAAGACAAUGCGCCAUCGAGUGAUGCAGAGAGACCGAUAAAAGCAGGUCCAGGUACGGCUGGACAUAUAGCAGUCUACGACGAAGCCACUGCUUUCAAAGAUGGCAACAUGAUUAGAGAGAGAGUCUCCAUGGGUGGGGUAACAAGACCAAUGGAACCACCAGAAGAGUUAGAGUAUCUCCGUAUGUCUGUAAACGAAGUGGGAGUUUUCAAACCGGACGCAGUGAAGCGCUAUAUAGAAGGAAUGGAAAGCUGGAACACCAAGUUCAAACAUGCAGCUAAGAACGUUGAAAGGCAGCGCGAAAAGAGUCUCAGAGAGUCACAUAUACAUGCUGAAAAGAUGAUGAAAGAGAAUGAUGACAUAUUUGACAUUCCUGAAGUGACAUGGCGUUGGCAGUGGGCGCUUGAGAAUGAGAAGCCACCACCAGCGAGCAUUGUUGCUCGAAGAGACACUCAGGAAGCCCGUAGAUUGGUAGAGCUCGUUGAUAAAGUUGACAACAAGCACGCAAGUAAGACUGUCAACCUGUGGACAUUGAUAGUACACCUCCUUAGUCCGCAGAAGAGUAAAUAUGGCGUCAAUGAUGAAGAUGAAGUUGGGCCAUGGACGAGAGAUAUCGAAGAGCUAAAGAAGAAGUAUCAGACGGAUGAAAAGGGUGAGGUAAUACCGGAGGAAGUUAGUGCAGACGAGGAGAACAACUUUGACAACAAGAAAGAGGCAUGGAUGAAGAGCCAAGUGAAAGACGAAUGAAAUGUGUAUUUUUAGCAUAUGUAGAUGGUAUUAAUGUAAUUAGAUCUCAUAAAUGUCAGAAAGAUAGUAGAG